GAGGUAAUUGUUGUGCCCAGAUGGAUAUAUCAAGUUUGUAUAGUGGCCUGAAUUGCAAGUGUAUGAUGAUGAUUGUCAAGAACGUGACGGUCAACAUUCAGACAUGUUCUACAUUCAAUGUUACCAGAAAGAAGUUUGUGGAUGUUCAAGAAGGAACCAUGAGUGCAAAACGGAAGAUAUUCUUUGCAGGAAGCAUAGGAGGAGGUCGGCAGUAUCAGGACCUGUAUAUGCGGAUCAUUGAGCAGCUGAAGUUGUAUGGCAACGUCUUGUCAGAGUUUGUGGGAAAUCCUGAUAUAGAUGGAUUUCUUCAAGAUCUGCAGUGGACAGACAAACAAUGCCAUGAGCAGGAUGUGAUCUGGCUCCAAGAAUCUGAUGUGCUGGUGGCUGAAUGUACACAACCAUCACUAGGAGUUGGUUAUGAGAUUGCACGCUCAGAGGCUAUGAUGAAGAAGAUCCUUAUUUUGUUUCAAGCAGAAUCUGAAAGUGAGUUACCAAGAAAGAUUCGAGGACUACACAAUGAUACAACAUUUAUUGUCAAGGACUACAGAGAAGAGGAACUGCCUGGCUUGUUAAAGGACUUCUUUUCCAAACUUUGACAGACCUGAAGUUAGUCUGGGAAACCUUUGAUUUGGACUGAUGCAUGUUUGAGAAGUAUUAACCUUUGUUAUUAGCGUUAUUGUGGUACGAUUAUUUGACAUUAAAAGGCAGAAUCUGAAUUGUAAAAUUACAUUGUAAAAUUUUGUGGGAUAUUAUUCUUUUCAUAAUUCAGAAUAUUUGGGAGAGAUAAAUGAGAGGUACUUUUCCAUUUCUUCUUCCAUACAAAAGGAACACUUAGUAAGCAAAAACAUGUCACAUGGGUGGGGGAAUGGGGAGGAGAGAGAGGGAAAGAAAGUUUGUGUGUGAGCAGAUGCUUAUUUAAAUUCCAUGUGCAAUUUGCAUGAGUUGUUGCAUUCAUUUUUACUUACAUGCAUGCAUAUGAGUAUACAUUUGGAUGGAUGCAACUGCAGGCAUUUUCAACAUCUUUAUAUAACUUUUGAAUGCACUAAAUAGUACUGUAGUGUGUCUGAUCUUAUGUAUCGGUAUGCUUCUGGUAUUUUAGUUGCUUCAGCUUAUUUAAUUUCUGUCUUGUUUGCUUGAGAAAAGCAAUAUUACAACAAUAAUCCUAAGAUAAACGUUUUCCUAUCUUGUUUGUGAGUGUCAUUAAGGCCAACUAAAAUCCUACACUUUAAGUAAAUAUGUUAAAGAAUUACCCCUCAUAUCUGCAACCUGUAGUUUUUCUCAGUAUGUUAAAGUUGUCAGAUUUAAUCACCAGAUAUUAUGUAACUAUGGAGGGUAUAACCUUUGGGCAGUAAACAUUGUGUACAAUACAUGUAUACUACAAAGCAAUUUUCACAGAAACACAGAAAAUGCUUUGCACAACAAAGGUUUUGAACAACUCUUCCUUAUAACUGACUGAUCCUCUUUUGUCAGAUUAUGGACUUUUCUGUGGUACUAAAAUAUCUCUGCUAAACUAAGCAUACAGUGAUGACUUAUCUGGUUGUAUAGUAGCAUCAUCUCUGUGUGUUCUGAGUUUUGCUGGGAAUGAUUACAUCCAAGUUUUGCAUUGCAUGUUUGAUGUGGUAUGGUGGUAGCAUGCAUGCUUUUAUUUGUCCUUGAUAGGUAAGUCUCAAGCUGUAUAAGAGACCAUGAUGUUCAACCCUCCUUUACUGUUGCCUUUCAUUUAUUAUAUUUACAUUCAGCUGAGUCAUGUAUCUCUUACAUAAACAUUAUUCUUAUUGUAACUAUGGUGAUAUUUCUAAGUUGCAAGACUGUGUGCUUGAUGUGCUUUUUAUUCUAUUUGUAAUAUGCAUAUUUUCUGUGAUAUCUUUUAACUUUUUUAAGAUGAGAAUUAUGAAUAAGUAAGCAUAUAAUAUGAUGCAAAAUUGUAAUUUGCCAUCGUCAUGAUUAAUAUUUCCAAUAAUUUUCACUCAGUUAGAAUGACAUCUUCAAUAAAAUGAGUGAUUGUGCAAACAAUGGUGUGUGUGCAUGCAUGCAUGUAUAUAUAUGUAUGAUGCUUGCAUUCAUUUUUGUGUAAAAACACGUAACUUGCCGCAGCAAAAGAAAACUGAACAAACAAAAAA